GAGCCCGCUGUCCACCACCCCACUGCUGCCUGUCCCCGACCUCGGGUUCCGCGCAGAGGGAGGAAUCCACUCCCAAACCCGCAGAAAACCCUCGUCGUCUUCCUCCAAAUCACUCACUCGAUUGAUCUCUCCCCUCCGAACCCGGGAACCCCUCGAGCUAGGGUUCCAGCGACCCAAUGGCGGACGGCGGCGACGAGUACAAGCGCGAGGAGUCGGUGACCCUGCUGGUCAUCGUCUCCCUCGCCGCGCUCUCGCUCCUCUCCCUCAUCGCCGCCUUCGCCUACUACUGCUACAUCACGCGCAAGGUCUCCCGCCGCCUCCACUCGCUCCAUCUCCCGAAGCGUUCCAGCUCCCCUCCUCCGCCUCCUGCCCGGGCCCCGCCGCGGCAGCAGCAGCAGGGGAAGGACAGCCCGUCCAGCAACUCCGCCAGCGACGGGGCCGGGGCGACGGCGGCGGCGAUGUCGGUGGUGGUUGCUGGGGAGAGGGGCGUGCAGGUGUUCGGCUACCGGCAGCUCCACGCGGCCACGGGCGGGUUCGGCCGGGCGCACAUGGUUGGGCAGGGCAGCUUCGGGGCCGUGUACCGCGGGGUGCUCCCCGACGGGAGGAAGGUCGCGGUCAAGCUCAUGGACCGCCCAGGGAAGCAGGGCGAAGAGGAGUUCGAGAUGGAGGUGGAGUUGCUGAGUAGGCUCCGAUCGCCGUAUUUAUUGGGCCUGAUUGGCCAUUGUUCGGAAGGUGGACACCGUCUACUGGUAUAUGAGUUCAUGGCCAAUGGGGGUCUCCAGGAGCAUCUCUAUCCAAACAGAGGUUCCUGUGGUGGAAUCUCAAAAUUGGACUGGGACACAAGAAUGAGAAUUGCACUUGAAGCAGCCAAAGGUUUGGAAUAUCUUCAUGAGCGUGUUAAUCCACCUGUUAUACACAGAGACUUCAAGAGUAGCAAUAUUCUCCUGGACAAAGAUUUCCAUGCAAGAGUUUCAGACUUUGGUCUAGCCAAACUUGGAUCUGAUAGAGCUGGUGGUCAUGUCUCAACUCGAGUUUUGGGCACACAAGGCUAUGUUGCACCAGAAUACGCGUUGACUGGGCAUUUGACUACCAAAUCAGAUGUGUACAGUUACGGUGUUGUGCUUUUGGAAUUGCUUACUGGCAGAGUACCAGUUGAUAUGAAGAGGCCACCCGGAGAAGGCGUUUUAGUCAACUGGGCAUUGCCUAUGCUCACUGACCGAGAAAAAGUUGUGCGGAUCUUGGAUCCAGCAUUGGAAGGUCAAUAUUCCUUGAAAGAUGCUGUCCAAGUGGCUGCUAUUGCUGCCAUGUGUGUUCAACCAGAGGCUGACUAUAGGCCAUUAAUGGCUGAUGUUGUCCAAUCGCUGGUUCCACUUGUCAAGAACCGUUCUAAUCAGAAAGCUUCCAACCCCAACGUGCAAUCAUCGAAGCCACUUGACUAGGAAAGCAUGUGUUUGAUCUGCAGUCUUUGCCCGUCUUUCUGGAACCCUUUGUCAUCUAUAACUAACUACUGCCGAGGCAGAUAUUCACAUCUUAACAAUGAUUGUCUGCUGGUGCGCUCCUGAUUUUGUAGGGUGUGUUGUAAGCAGGUAGCCAGGUAGGUUGCAAAUUUAAAGGGAAUCUGGUUGAACGGUCCUGAGAGCUUAUUUGAGUUUGAAGGGAAGUUUCUGUCAUGUACAAUUAGCUGCCAUGGUGAUGGUGGGUAGCUGCCUAGUUGGGAUUAGUACUUGUUGUGGGGAGUUCGUCAUUAGAUGGUAGGUUUGGUAUGAGCUGGCAGAACUGUUUGUAGAGUACUGCACUAAUUUCCUUUUGGCUUAUUUAUGUUAGGGAAGUAGCUUAGAAGAUCGUUGUGCACUUGUACAGGGUCUUAACUUUUAAGCUGCUAAGUGUUGUGUAUCCUUGUCAGUAGCGGGUGUUGUCCUUGUAUUUUAGUAUUACUAAUUACUAAUGUAUAGCACGUUUCUGAAUUGGUUUUGGUUUCAUUGCUGUUUGAGCAACGUACCUUCUUUUUA